GUUCCAACAUUUUCCCGCGUUUAAAGAGAUAUCCCGCGAAAAUUUACAGCAAAACAUCAGUUGUUACUCUUCACCUCGUGUAAUUAGAAACUGUUGAAUAGAAUCAGAUAAAAUUUAUUCUGAGUCAUAUAGUAAGAGUCAUAAGUAUCAUAAUUUACUUUAAAUACGUACAGUUAUAUAUGUAUAAUGAUUUAUUGUUUAAAUUAUAUUAAAAUGAUAUUUUUGAAGACUUGAAAAUGUUUGUUUCGUUUGAGGUUGAGCUAAUAGAAACUGUGUAGACGUUCAUUUAAAUGUUAACAUUUCUUUGAUUAUUUAAUUGCAAUUGUUUUUGUUUACAUAAUUGUUUUAUUUAUAUAUUAUUUUUGACGAAGUAAGAAAAUAUAACAAAAAUUGUUGACUCACUAAAAAUGACUAGUAAACAAACAACUAUCUCUUUUCCGAUUCGAAAAAAGUGUUCUUUUUAUGGUACCAAACGAAAUGACAUAAAAGAAGAUUUUUCUAACGCAACUGUGAGGUGUACUCCUACAAAAUAUAUACCAACAGUUAAGAAGAUAGUCACAUUAAGUAGCAGUGAAUCUGAAUCUGAUUCGGACUCUGAGAAUGUUAAAACAAAUAAGGUGAAUUCUAAAGAAAAUAGAAGUAAUGAUGGUGUUAAAACUCCAAGACGUGUACGGAAAUGUGAUGAUUCUGAAGAUGAUCAUAGUUCUACACCACCAAAGCAGAAAAAAUCCGAAAAAUCUGUAGCACUUUCUUUAACUCCAUCAACUCUCUUAGAUAAACUUGAUUUAUCAUCAGAUGAAAAAAAAGAGAAAUUUGUUCCAAAGAAAUUAUUUGGAUCAAAUAAAUAUCGUAAUGCUCGUAAAGCCUUACAUAGUUCUGUUUCCGAGAAUUUGCCUGGAAGAGAAACAGAAAUAGCUAAAUUACAAGAAUUUAUUCGAGAACAGUUAAAGAAUGAAUCUUCUGCAUCACUUUAUGUUUCUGGACCUCCAGGUACUGGAAAAACGGCGUGUCUUUAUAAAAUUAUCCAGCAACCAGAAUUUAAUUCAAAAUUCAAGGUUGUUUAUAUAAAUUGUACCACAAUGAAAUCAGCUGCUACUAUUUAUUCAAAAAUUAUGCAAGAAUUAGAUAUACCUGUACCAAAGUCUAGUAGAAAUAGUAAAGCAAUAAUUGAGAAAUAUUUAAUGUCCAAUCACAAAAUGUUACUCUUAAUUCUUGAUGAAAUAGAUCAAUUGGAAAGCAAAAAUCAAUCUAUUUUGUAUUCCAUAUUUGAAUGGCCAUCAAAACCUAAUACAAAACUUAUUUUAAUUGGCAUUGCUAAUGCUUUGGAUUUGACAGAUAGAAUUUUACCACGUUUACAAGUAAGAUGCGAAUUAAAGCCACAGCUGAUGAAUUUUCCUCCAUAUACGAAGCAACAAAUAUUUAAUAUUGUAUCUACAAGACUCAGUGAAGCAAAUGUUUCUGAUGUAUUAACUGGGCCAACAUUACAAUUAUUAGCUGGAAAGGUUGCUGCCAUUUCAGGAGAUAUUAGAAGAGCAUUGGAUAUUAGUAGAAGAGUUAUUGAGCGUGCAGAAUCAAAUUGGACAGCGCAAAUUUUACAACCUAUGAAUAACACAGGUAGUCCAAGGAAAGAUCAACCUUUGAAUGAGAAGUCAGUUGAUCUAAAAGAUGUAGUAACAGUAUUAAACGGAGUUUAUGGUGGUACUCAAAAUAUUGAUAAAGAAGAAAGUACACUUCCAUUACAGCAAAAAUUAUUAUUAUGUUCCUUUAUACUUAUUUUAAAUAAGGGACGAAAUAAAGAUGUUACUAUUGGAAGGUUGCACGAAAUUUAUAAAAAAGUAUGCAAGAAACGGAACAUCCAUGCUAUAGAUAUUUCUGAAUUUGUAUGUUUAUGUACAUUAAUAGAAACUAGAGGAAUCUUGAAAAUAAUAAAGAAAAAGGAGGCUCGUUUAUCAAAAUUAAGUUUACAAUGGGAUCAAGAAGAAAUUGGUGCAGCUUUACAAGACAGAAAUAUGAUGGCUGAAAUAAUCAAUGAUGUGUCUUGCUUGUAAUAAUUCUAUUUAUUUUCAUAUCUUUAUUAGAGAAAUUGGAUUAGUUAAAUGUCUUUUUACAAUUGUAAUGUAUAUAAGAAAAUUUUAAGCAUUUGUGUUAAACAAUUUUAUAAUGUAUAACUGACAAAUAUAGUAAGUAGUUGCAGGAAUAACUUUAACACAGAAUAUCAAUGGAUAAAAUAUGAUGAUAUCAUGUAUUUUAUAAUUGACUUUUAAAUUGUAUUAUAUAUAUAUCAUAUAAAAUUAUAUUUUUCUAUUGAUAAAUUUUAAAUAAUUUGGAGAUCAUAAAAAAAUGUAUCUAUUACUUCUUACCAAAAAAAAUUUUAAUGAGUAUUAUUAAACCCCAGUAUACAUAGAAAUGAUUGUCCUAGGCAGGUUUCAUAGAAUUUAAUAACUUAUUUUGACAACUUUCUAGCAAUAUCUCGUCCAAAUCGUGCUGUAUUAUUUUUGUAGCAUUUUUUACAAUAUCUUCGAACUUUAAAAACUGUCCCGUUUUUUAUUGCAGUUUAUGACGAGAUAUUUGAGGUAUAUUUACAAUACUGCUACUUGGAAUUCCUUUACACAGCUAAUUUAUUUUGAAUUUCAUUUAUUCUGAAAUUCUGUGAUACUCAUAUUAUUCUUGUUAGUAUUUUUAAGUAAAAUAUUUUUUUAAACUGCACUAAAAAACUAAUCAUAGACAACUGACUGAAGAGAAAGCAUUUCUAAAAGAAUACAGAGCACAGAUUGCGAUAAAUAAUUACAAGAAAUAUAUCUGAAAAUAUACAUGCAGUCUGAACAUAUGUAAUCUUAUAGAGAUUUCCGGGCGCCAAUAUAUUAGUGAUAUUGUAUAUCGCGGAUUAUACUUAAAGGAAGAUCAAAUAGGUUUGACGCUUAAAGUGUAAACGACAUAAUUUAUUC